CUUCAGAUAACUCCUCUCUCCAAGAUGAUGAUGAGCUAGACAUGGAGAUCGUCGGCUGGCCAUCCAACACUUGUCCACUUAAUGGUCACACCGAAACCAGUUCUCGUUUUCCCAGUUGGGUCACUUUUGAAGAGGAAAUUGCUCCACCUUCCCCAAGCAAUGCUCCUCAAAAGCCAACAGCGAGCCCAAAAUCUCCUUCAACGCCGGACUUUGUUUCUAAACCUGUUGGAGCCUUAAAAAAAAGGGAAAGGCCCAAGAGCUCAUUGGUUGACCUAAACAGGACGCAGAGGCUUGACUUUUCAUCUUUGCACAGGCAGCUCUCGUUAAAUUCCACCCCCACAAAGGCUCCCAACCCAUUUUUAGAUGAGGCCUUGAAAGAUGUCCAGCCAUCACCAAUCAAUCCUUUUAGCUCAUGGUUUGAGGAGCAAGAAAGGCGUUCUCAACACUCUUCAGUAUCCAGUGGCCCGGACUCAAGUCAAAGAAAUUCCAUCUCUCUUCUUGCUGAGGAACUUGAUACUGAUCAGUUUGAGGAUUAUCGAAAGAAGGCUUUGCAAGCUGAUGCUGUAGAACAUCUCAAACAGAUUCAGAUUGAAGACCCAGAUUCCCCUGGUAGCCCUACUCUGCCAGAUGACCCUCUGAGGUAUGAUGAACCUCUUGGCCAUUGUUUGACUUUUACCAAGCCCCAACCAAAGGAUGGUUGGCCAAUGAUGCUUAGGAUUCCAGAGAAAAAGAACAUUAUGUCCUCCAGGCAUUGGGGCCCUAUCUAUGUCAAAGUCACUGAAGCUGGGUUUUUGCAACUCUUUUACGAAAAGGGUUUGGAAAAGCCUUUUAGGGAGUUUAAACUAGAGGUCAACCAUGAGAUUGCAGAUCCUAAACUGCAAAACUAUGAUGACAAUGGCAGGAUUCACACUAUCCGUAUCGACCGGGUACUGUACAAAGAAAAACGUAAAUACCAGCCAAUGCCUCUGGUCAGUCACACAGGGGAGAGGGAGCAAGUGGUCAAGCUGGGGACAACAGACUAUUCAGACUUUAUAAGCAUGAUUGCCUCUGUCCAGGAUGUCCUCUUCCGCCUUCCGGCCACAGUAGACCUUAGCACUGUGCACCAAAAUUACAUAGAGGAGGAGAUCACUGUGGACGUGAAAGAUGAAUUCCGUGGAAUCCUUGGCAAGGGGGAAGUCCAGCUCCUCGAACACUCUGUGAUCACACGAGUCCAUGUUCUUAGCUUUAUCUCAGGUAUGGCGGACUGCAGCCUAGGACUUAAUGACAUCCUUAUUAAAGGCAAUGAAGUUGUCUCCAGACAUGACAUUAUGCCAACCACUACAACCAAGUGGGUGAGACUCCAUGAUUGCCAAUUCCACUCGUCUGUGGACGAGGAAGCAUUUCACAGCUCCAGGAUGGUGGUGUUUACACCGUUGGAUGCGUGUAGGUUUGAACUAAUGAGGGUAAGGACAAUAUUUUCUGAAAAGACUUUGCCUUUCACACUCAGGACCAUGGCUUGCAUUCGCGGGGCCGAGGUCGAGCUCCAGAGUUGGUUGGUCAUGUCUUCGGGCUUCUCCUCCAACAGAGACAGUCUGUCACAGGUCCCUUGUGAGAACAUCACUAUUCGGCACCCAGUACCACCAGAGUGGGUGAACUAUUUCCGAAGAGACAGUGUAUUGGGCGAGAAGUCCUUGAAGGCCAAAGUAAACAGGGAGGCCAGCUUCGGUUCUCCCAGUGUAUCUGGGACAGAACCAGCCAUGAGAGUAACACUGGGAACAGCCAAGUAUGAACAUGCCUAUAAUGCCAUCGUGUGGAGGAUAAACAGACUGCCAGAUAAAAACUCAGGAUGGGGUCACCCCCACUGCUUCUACUGCCACCUGGAGCUCGGAUCAGACCGGGAAGUGCCACGAACCUUUGCGAAACACGUGGAGGUAGAAUACCACAUGCCAGCGGCCUCGUCGUCAAAGAUCGCUGUACGUUCCAUUUCUGUAGAGGACAGGACAGAAGUCAAAAAGUGGGUGAACUAUUCGGCCCAUUAUCAUUACAAGGUGGAGAUUGAGCAGAAGAAGACAUUGAACCCGGACAUGGAUAGUGAAAUGGUAGACAACCCUCUGGAAUGUGUCACUCAGUAA